AUGCCAAUGGGGAUCGUGUUCUCGCUCCUUGUCAGGGCCUUAAGAGAAGCCGAUGCUCUGAACAGUGAGGCCGGGGGAAGAGAGAGCCUGCGUGCGGAUUGCCUCCCACCUUGCCUUUUCUCCCAGCCGCUUGCUGUGAGCUCUCACGUGCCAGAGGAGCGGAGGGGAGAGCUGCCGCACUGAGCUGGGGCAGCGUGAGUGAGGCCAAAGGGCAUUUGACCGGUGGUCUGUGGUGGCUGGGGGUCCUCGCCACCCCGCGGUGGAGACAAUCAGCUCCUGCCAGGUAGAUGCCCGCAGGGGAGAGGACAACUCCAGCUGAACUGAUGCAUCUCGGCACCUGAUACAAGGCUCAGCUUCUGACAUGAAGAAAGAUAUAGAGUCUUUAAUAGCCCAGGAAAAAGCGGAGAUCGUUGCCAAGUAUGAGAAGGGCAGGCAGGAAGGAGCUCAGAUUGACCCGUGGGAAGAUGCCAAUUUCACGCUGUAUAAAGUUACAGACCGAUUUGGAUUCCUGCAUGAGCAGGAGCUGCCGACCCGCACCGCCUUGGAGGAGAAGCAAAAACAGCAGGAAAUCGAACGCGUGGACAAGUGGCUAAAGAUGCUGAAGAAAUGGGGCAAAUACAGAAACAGUGACAAGAUGUGCCGGCGAGUGUACAAAGGGAUCCCGCUUCAGGUGCGAGGCCAGGUCUGGUCGCUUCUGCUGGACGUUGAGAAGAUGAAGAAGGAGAACAAAGGAAAAUAUGAGCAAAUGAAAGAACAAGCAAAGAGCUUUUCAUCGGAAAUCAAGCAGAUAGAUUUGGACGUUAACCGCACCUUCCGAAACCACAUCAUGUUUCGGGAUCGCUACGGAGUGAAGCAACAGGCACUCUUCCAUGUCCUAUCAGCAUACUCGGUUUAUAACACCGAAGUGAGCUACUGCCAAGGGAUGAGCCAGAUCGCAGCCAUCCUCCUGAUGUACUUAAACGAAGAGGAUGCAUUUUGGGCACUGGCACAGCUGCUGACCAACCAGCGGCACGCCAUGCACGGUUUUUUCAUUCCUGGGUUCCCGAAGCUGCAGAGAUUUCAAGCUCACCACGAGCAGAUUUUAAGUAAACUGUUUCCCAAACUGAAGAAGCACAUGGACAAGGAGCAGAUGACUACAGGGAUUUACACAACCAAGUGGUUCCUGCAGUGUUUCAUUGACCGGACCCCCUUCACCCUUACCUUGCGGUUGUGGGAUAUCUACAUCCUGGAAGGAGAGCGGGUGCUGACGGCCAUGGCUUACACCAUCCUCAAACUGCACAAAAAGCGCUUGCUGAAGAUGACGCUGGAAGAUUUACGGGAAUUUCUGCAGGAGAAAAUUGCCGCUUCCCUGCAGUAUGAGGAUGAUGCCGUCAUCGAGCAACUGCAGGUGUCAAUGACCGAACUGCGCAAGAUGAAAUUUGACCUCCCCCCACCAGCAAAGCCUGAGGAGUUCCCACGGAAACCCCUGGGCCUGGAGCUCUCCCUCAACCCAGUAGCCGUGAAGGGCAACAUGGCGGCCAACGGCCAGAACGGCCGGAUGGGUGAGCAGCCCCCAGACGGGGAGCCCCAUCCCCACAGAGGUCCCGGGGUGCUGGGAGGAACAACGGCGGCAGAGGCGAGGACUGCCACCCUCCAGGGCAGUGAAGCAGCUGAAGUGAUGGACAUCCACCUGCAUCCUCCUGCUGGGGGGCUGCCGGGAGAGGAGGGUUGGGUGGAGCCCACCGGGGAUGGGCAGCCACCAUCUCUUCUGAAGGCAAGCGAGAUGCAGGCCCAUCAUCACCUCCUGCCCACGGUCCUGCCUCCAGAGCAGCCUCUUCUCGCUCCUGGCUCUGCCAUGGUGGACCACAAGUCAGUCUUCCUCUCCGCCCCAGCCGAGCAUGGCUCCUUGGACUCCUCUCUCCAAAAUAUGCUGAGACCUCCUGACUCGAGCACCGCUGAGCUUUCUGCUACGGACCACACGAUAUGGCAGCCAAAUCCUGCUGCCCUGCUGGCGGGAGAACAAGCAUCUUCCGUCUGCAAAAAGAAAGCGCUCGAUGCACCCCCUCAUCCUUUGCCGGGUGGCUGGCAGCAGCUCUCCGGCAUGUUGCAGCAUGACAACUCCCCCAAGAGUGAGCGCAGGGAGGAGAUGGCCAGGAAGCGCUGCAGAGCGGCACUGCCGGACAAAACAGACUUGAAGCACUUGGCAUCCAAAGCUGCAUCCACGGGGGAGCUUGCCAGCCUGCAGCAGAAUGGGCCAGGGAGUGCCACCAGCGCCGCGCACUGGCCAGAGGGCUUGGGCGUGCUGUCUGUGCAAGGGCUGGCAGGCGGCAGCGUGCCCAUCUUACCUGGCAGCGAGUCGGAGGCAGCGGGGCUGGGCGAGGGCUGCCCCUUCCAGCGGGUGCUGUCCCCUGCAGUGGAGGGGAACAGCCCCUACACCGUUAUCAAAACCACCACUCCCCUCCACCUGGUCCAUGCAACAGAGCAGGACUUCUUGAACAGAAAGCAGGUGGCAUUGCCUCUGCUGGAGACUGGACAUCCCCUGCCUGCCACCUCCACGCCACCACCUCUUGCGCUGGACCCGGAGGAGGUAGAUGCCCAAAAAAGCCUCCAGAAACCAUUAAACGCACUGAAAGCCCCACGACCCCCCCUGAGCCCCAAACCAAAAUUACCGCCGCAGGUUGCCAAAUCCUGCUCGGAGAACAGUUUCCUUUCAGGCUCUCCUCCCCUGGCAAAGCUGCCCAAAUCAGUGACGUUUUAGUGGGGAUGGGGGGAGGUGAGAGAGAGGAAGCGGGUGCUGGAGCAGCACCCUCACCCCAUUUUUGGGACCCCCCCUUCAGCAGGGCUGUGUCGGGGUGACAGCACAGCAGCCAUUGCCUGUCAAGCUGUGCUUUGGUACGAGCGCCCGGCGAGGGGAUGGAGUGGUGGCCACCGGCGCCAGGAGGCACCAGCAAAUUGGGUUUGCAUUUUUCCUAUGGACAAAUUGGAACGCGCUUUCAUUUUUUGUUCCUCGAAGCUCCCCUAGCCUCAUCACGUGUUGGGAAAGAGGCAGGGCUGGUGAACGUUUUGUGUUUUCUUCUGCUCCUACAUGCCCUAGGUACCUAUGGCUGUGGAAGCAGACCCAAGGUGUAGAAGUCUGAAAUGCUUUCUUUAAAAUGCCCGAUCAGUGCAGCCAACAGCAUUGCUUUCAAAGGCCUUUGUAGCCAUAGAUUUUUAUUUCUUUUCCCAGACCUGUGGUUGUAGGCAGCAGCAUUUUCAGGCAAGGCCAUGGCAUCCCGGCAGGGCGCAGGCAGCCCGCUGUCUACUCUAUGCAAUUCCACAAAGCAGUGCCCGGCUGUACCUGGCUCCUGCCAUGGUGGUGGAUGGUGUCCCGGAGGGGAGGUUUAACAGCUGGUGAGUCCCUGGGGGGUCUCCUUGGUGUGACCCUGGUGGAGGACCACCAGCAGGGUGGUUCUUUCCCAAGUUCUCAAGGUGACAAGGACAGUGAUGAAGGUUGAGCCUAGUCUCUUGGGCUGAGUGGCCCUUCUGCUGGCCUUUCCCUUGGAGGUCCAGGGCAGCAAGCAGGCUCACUGCCUUUCUGUUGGCUGAACAGGAAAAGGGGCUGCUGCCUUGGGAAACCUCCUGCCUUUACUAGCAAGCUGCUGGAGGUGUGAUGGUGUCUAAUCACAGUGCCCAGGCUGAAGCCCACUUUUACUUUGAGCAAGUUGUCAGAGUGGAAACGGCAUAGGAGCUGGGGAAGGGGAGCACAUUGCCCAGAACCUGAUCUCAGCCCUUCUGGUUUAGCCCACCCAGAAAUCAACAACCAAGGAAGUAAACCUGGGCACAGAGGUUUGGAAGAUGAUGCUGUAGAGCAUCAACGUCACCGCAGCCUACUGUUGAGGAGAUAAGGCGGUGGGUGCCCACCUGCCCUUCAUGCACCAAGGUCUGGUGGCCUGUCCAUCUCCUCUCCAUCCUAGGCUGUCGCUGCUGCACAGCCCAAACCAUUGGCUGGAGGUGUGCAGGGACCUGGGGACAGCUCACCCCAAUGAAAGAGCAGGUCCAAAUUCCUGUUCCCAGUAUCUACUUCACCCGUAUAGGUGAAGGGACUUCAUCAGGAAGGAAGAUCAAUGGAAGCAGCAGGAAAUAAACUAGCCCAGAUGUGCUGUAUUUGACUCUGCUGUGCAGAAGAGGUGGCUGCAGAUGCCACCUUAGGCAGGACUGCGGGUGGGAGUCCCAUCCCUUCAAUGGAGACCCUGGGCAAAAGCUCCUUUAAGUUCUAAGGAGACUUUGAAAACUACUUUUUAUCUCACAGGCUGCUUCAGUAACAUAACCUGAUCUGAAGCCUACCUGGAAGCCCAGCAGAAAACUUCCACUAAAUUACUUUGUGGGGUUUAUCAGGGGUUUUUUUUCUUGUGUGCACGUGGUAGUUUAUGUUAGCAGCAGGGAGAGCGUCGAAGGGAGCACCCCAUCUUUGUUUGGAAGUAGCCAGCCAGACCACAGCACCGUCAGCUUCUGUUGCAACCCCAUCUUUUGCUGAGUCUCCAACCUUGCCCAUCCUCUCUCCCUCUGCACAGCAGGGAUAACCCUAUUAGCUACCUCGCAGGGGUGUUGUGAGGAGUUGAGAGUUGCUCUUUGAGAAGUGCUGUAUGAAUGUUCAGUAUUUGUGUUUUGAGACAUCACGGGCCCCUUCUAGGACAACGGUGCUUGAAUUGGUUUUAAUUUAGAGUACAUUUUUCAGUAACCGUGCAGUAGUUAAUCCUAUUUGUGUGUUAAAAUACCUGGGCAGUAUUUCAGGACAGAUAUUGAUUGCCUUUCACUAGCAGCCCACUGGCCUUGAGGUUGCUAGGAAGCAACAAGAAACAUCUGAGGGCUGGUGAUCACCUCAGCUUGGUUUCUGUAGCUUGGGGGUCUGUCCUCUCCUUGAAGCACACAUAGGACUCCUGUUAACGUCUCUGAGUGUUUGGGUCACACAUGCAAGAGCUGAGACCUUUUUCCCCUCAUUUUACCUUUUUCCCCUCAUUUCAGGCACACAGCCUUUGCACAUUGUGUUGCACGUGUGCCCAGGCUUCUCACCCAGCGUGUGUCUGGGACAUUUUGCAGUAUUCACAUUUAAACAGGUGGUUUGCUCUAAUUUUGGAGAGCUGUCAAAUGCCCAGUACCUGUUGCAUGGCAUUUGGUGCAUGGUGUUCAACAAGAAUUUGGGGGGGUUCCUGCCCUCCAAGCCCUAACAGGAACAAGCUGCAAGGUCCUCAACACCUCCAAGCCUGGGGGAAGCCACCAGCUAGUUUCAGUGACCUUUGGACCAGGCAGACACAGGCUCCCUGUUCCCACCAGUGUGCUUCUUGCUGAGAAGGUCUCCAAGCUCCUCAGUGUGCCACCUAAGAAACUCUUCUCCAACCUGCAGCCCCUGAAAGCUGGCAGGUUUGGGAAGAGUUCCCAGGGGCAAAGUAGCCCAAGCUGGCUGGGAGCCAGGAAUGUGCAUUGCUUUCCUUGGAGUGAUGCUCUCACUUCAGCCCAUCAAAGCAUAAUCUACUAGGAGAUGACCGAUUCUUUCUCCUUCUCUGCCUCUUGCUGCAGAUGAAGCUGCGGCCAUGGUGGGUGUAUGGCAGCAGGGGUGGGCAGGGCACAGCCCAGCCUCAGCUCUUUCGCUGAGGAUAGGAAGGGAAGGAGAAAGGUGAGGGUGGCAGCUCAGCAGGACAAAUAACUGGCCCAAGCCACUUGCACCCCUGCCCCAGCCUCCUACAAUGGCCUCAGCCCCUUAGCAAAAGCCACUCUUACCACGAGCAAACUCAGGAAAGCAGCUCCCCCGUCCUUGCCCUCGCAGACCUGGUGACAACUCUCGCCUUGGUGCCCGCCAUGUAGUUUUAAAGACCAACGUUGCGAGUUUGGGGGGGGGGCAUUGUUUGUAAUUGAGCACUUCUUUGAGUGGCUGUGGCACCAGCAGGCAGCAGGAGCCACAGGAGCACUGGGGACCUGCUCCAGCAUGGGACAGUGGUUGAGGUCAGGGUCUCUCAGCCAUGCACUUUGAGAGCCCAGCUACCAUCUGCUUUUCUUUUUAAUUGCUAUUCUUGUUUACAGCGUGGAACGCUUCCUCUGUGACUCUUUCUAAUGUAUUAUAACUAUUCCUUUAAAAAAACAUUUUUAUAUCUGUG